AUGUCGACUAGACCUCCUUCAAGGGUCGUCUUUGUGGGAAACAUCCCGUACGGCCUCUCUGAGGAGCAAAUCACAGAUAUUUUCAGCAGCGCUGGAAAGGUAGAGCGCUUUCGCCUCGUCUACGACUCGGAAACUGGGCGGCCAAAAGGGUUCGGAUUUGCAGACUAUCCCGAUACCGACUCUGCUUCCUCGGCUGUCCGCAACCUAAACGAAUAUGAAAUCAUGGGCCGAAAGCUUCGAGUCGACUUUUCGAACGAGCAGAAGAGCACCGAUGAUGAUAGCCAAAAUACUGGUGCCUCAAAUGGCGGCGCUGCUUCGGGAUACAACACUCAGUCAACACCCCUUCCCCCACUCCCAGCUGGAAAAGAGAUACCACCAGGCUUGACUUGCACCGAUGCCAUUUCAAGAACACUCAAUACCUUGCCGCCACCCCAGCUAUUAGAUAUCCUAAGUCAGAUGAAGACUUUGGCCACAUCAGAACCCCAGCGAGCGACAGAACUUCUUCAACAGGCCCCUCAGCUAGCCUAUGCCGUCUUCCAGUCACUACUUUUGAUGGGUCUUGUGUCUCCCGAGGCUAUCCAGUCUGUAGUAGACCCGAACGCGCCACCUCCACCCGCCGCCAAUUACCCAUCGGGACCCAUUGCUGGAUAUCCUGGCAUCCCUGUCGCGAAUCACACACCACCGGUCACCGCCAUGCCGUAUGCACCUCCUCCGGCAAAUAAUACGGGUUAUGUUCCUCCAGCGGCGGCACCACCUGCAGCAGCUCCUCCAGCUAUGGGCCAAGAUCCAGAUGCUCUGAUGCGAGCAGUCAUGGAGCUUCCCCAGGCUCAGAUUGACAUGCUUCCAGAGGCUGAUAGGCAGCAAAUUAUGGCUCUCAGGGCUACGUUUGCUGGCCAGCGACGCUAA